AUGCGACUAUACGCGUUUCUACUGUUCGUCCUGUCCGCAUCAGCGGCACGCGCCGCUACGAUACCCGACAACGUCGCGAUCGAGAAAAAACUCGAAAUCCCGCAGGAAAAUGUAGAGAAAAAUCAGGAAAUUGCAUCCAGCAAUCAAGGACAGAUCGACCAAACGAUCGCUAUCAAUGAUAUUGACAACAAAUUACGUACAAAUCCCGCUAAAAUUCCUGUGGAAGUUCAAAACGUAGAACAGGCUCUAAAGACCAGGGACGAGUCCGAAGAAAUCAUCAGACCAGCUGUGGACCUAAGAAACCCCGGACCGCCACAACGUCAAGAGCAUGAAACACAAAACCCCGGGUUUUAUUCGGCCGAGCAGGAUUUUAUCCAGACUUAUAAGAAGAACUUAAAUAACGCGCAGGUGUUUUUAAAGCAAGAAUUUCAGGGGAUCAGUAACGGCAUCCAAAACUUGUUUGGUAAUAAUAAACAGCUCCAGGGUGUUCAGGGUAAUAUUCAAAAACUGCGAGAAGCUUUCAUUUCCCAAAUCGACAAAUUGAAUGGAACGGUCCACUCCUAUUUACAGGCUGACAGCUCCAACGCUGUUAGCCCUGAUGAGGAGCAAACCAAAGCCAACAUCCAAAAAAUAGAGACAGGUUUAAAUACAAUUAAAGAUGACUUUAAUAAGAGAGUGAAAACGUUGACUGAAGGUGUCGAAGUACUGUCUUCUCUCAGAGCUCAGAAUGAAAAAGAAGAAUCAAAUCAACCUGCUUCUGGUGCAUCUCCAUCGCCAAGUAACCCCUCACCUGCUGAUAACAUACUAAGUUUAUUUACCGGUUUUCAAACAUACGUUCAAAACGGAAUCAACAACUUUAACAAUACUAUUUCUAAUUUAAUAUUUCCGGGUCCCUUCAGACCCGGACAGAGUGGCUCAGCAGCUCCAGCAGCCGGCCAACCUGCGGGAACACAAGCAGAUCCACCUGAAGGUCAAGGAACGACCCCACCAGGGUCGGGGGGUCCUUUUGGAGGGUUGGGAUCUGGAUCGGGUCCUAUCGUGCAAGCAAUGAAUGCUCUUCAAUCCUCAUUCAGCCAAAUUGUACAAAAUAUAUCGCUAUAUAUACCUGGUUUAUCUUCCUCUGCAACGAACAAACCAACUGACACGACUUCGGCCGAAAAACCAAAUAAUAGCAACCAAAUAACAGUUUCCCAAAAUGACCAAGCGCCGAGUGCUUCGCAAGCAACUGUCCCUGAAGCAGUGCCUGUUGCUCAACCUGGACCUAUCAGACAGAUAUUACAAAACAACCCAAUAAGCCAAGGCGUCGCUGCUGCCGUGCAGAGAUUGCAGAAUAUCAACAACCCACAGAAACCAAGAGACGGCGAGAAGGAGAAGGUGCCAGAGAUUCUGCCAGUGCCAGAGAGUGAAGAUAAGAAGAAAGGGCAUUCAAGUGGGUCUGGCGAUAAUAACGACAUCAGCGGCAGCAGGCUAAGUGAAAACGAACCUUCAAAUGAGAUCAAGAAAGAUGCUGUCCCUGCAGAAGAAAUAAAGGAACAGAAGACCGAAGAGGUCGUUGCCAAGACUGAAUAA